AUGGACAGACCGCCACAAGAACAAAAACAACAGCAGCAGCCCGCGGUCGAGGUUCCGGCCCACGACAACUACAUGUCGUCCGCCUCCGGCCCGCCGCCUGAAUACCAACAACACCACCACCAAGCACCCCUCGACCACCAACAGACCGGCACCGCGAUGCCCAAGUACGGUGGCCCCGCCAACACGCCCCCUCCGCGGACCUACGGCGCCUACGAACCCCCAGCGCCCCAGAGCUUCCCGAUGCACAACGGCGGCGGUCCCCAGAACUUCCAGCCAUACGGCACGCCCUUGCCCUCCCUCGGCCCGCACCCGGCCCCAGUUGAGUGUCCCGAGUGCCACGCCCGCGGCGUCACGGCCGUCGAGUACUCGUCCGGCGGCUUCACCCACGCUCUGGCCGCCAUCGUCUGUUUCGUCAGCUGCCUAGGGUGCAUCCCCUACUUCUUCACUUCGCUCAAGGACGCGAGGCACAAGUGUUCCAAGUGCGGCAUCCCUCUGGCGACGUACCAUCGCAGUGGAAAGACCGAAGUCCAUUGGCACAACGCCUACAACGGAUGA